AUGCGCCCCAAACUGCCAAAACAACAGCUGAGCCGUCGACGACACCUGGCUACCUGGCUUGACCUUGAGAAGUACAUGGAUACAGACAAUUUCAAAGUCUUCGUUGUGAACUUCGUGAUGCGCUACAGCAUCUUUAGCAAGCAGGUUGUAAAUAGACAACAGCCACCUGUCCCACCAGAGGAAGAUGCCGAGCAGCGCAUCGACGAUUCGGCUUCGAUGCUGCCGUGGGCGCCUGCAAGCCAUUCAUCUAUGGUGGCUGUGAAGGAAACGCAAACAGAUAUGAAACGCACGAAGAAUGUGAAGCCGCAACAGCGACUUGCCCAAAUAAAGGUGCGUCAAGUAUGUAUUUGGAGCUGCAUGUAG